GACAUUUCUGUCAGCAGUCAGUGUUUAGGUACGAAAACAUAACCUCUUUUAUGUAAUCACUAGUUACUUAAAUAUUUAUUAUUAUUAAUAGUAAUAAAACAUUAGGUCAGUAAAAUGAGAUUAAGUAGUGUACUCUUUACUGCGCCCUCAAAUAUAAGCGCUAGACGGCCACAACGGGAACCAAUUCCCUUUCAAAUGCUAUUGCCAUUAAAAUUGAAGAAAAGUGUGUCUGGCAAAGGCGAUAAACUAAAAGAAGCAGCCUGCAUGCAAGAACUAGCGGUUAUGUUCGCUUGUUUUAAAAAAUCAGAAUUUGAUCAACAACAAUGCCUUAAAGAAGUAUCAUCUUUCCAAAAUUGCUACAAAGAUUAUUAUCAACGAGCAAAAGUGCAAAGAGAACAAGGAAAAAAGGGUGUAUUAGUUCCCGGAGAAAAAAAUUUGACCCAUAGACAAGUCAAUAUGCUUUUAAAAUCUUUCCCUCCAAAAUAGUAGUCUAGUUUUAAAAAACUAUAUGUUGUUCAUGCAUUAUUGGUAUUUAAUAUAGAAUUAUAUAAUC